AUGCGGGGUAAAGGGGCAAGAUCCGGCAGAGCCAAUCAAAAACCAAUAACCCUUACAAAUGGCUGGACUGGACAACAACCACAAUCACGACCUAAUAUUGUAUUCAUCCUCACCGAUGACCAAGACUUACAUUUAAACUCGAUUGAGUAUAUGCCAUUCUUAAAAAAACAUAUAAUUGAGCAUGGCACUUUCUACAAGAGACACUUUUGCACGACUGCGCUCUGCUGCCCUUCUCGCACGACUAUAUUCACCGGUAAAAAUGCCCAUAAUACGAAUGUUACCAACGUGGUUCCACCGUACGGUGGUUACCCUAAGUUUAUUAGCCAGGGGUUGAACGAUAAAUAUCUUCCAGUUUGGCUCCAGGAGUCGGGCUAUGAAACAUAUUAUACGGGAAAGCUUUUUAAUGCACACUCGGUUGAUAAUUACCAUUCGCCUCAUGCUGCUGGCUGGACUGCUUCUGAUUUUCUGUUGGAUCCAUUCACAUAUUGGUAUAUGAAUAGUACAUAUCAGAGAAACCAAGACGCGCCAGUGAGCUUCGAAGGGCAGCAUAGCGUCGAUGUUCUUGCGGCAAAAGCACUGGGCCUAUUAGAUGAAGCGUUCGAAACCGGGAAGCCUUUCUUUCUUGGUGUUGCUCCGGUCAGUCCUCAUGCAAAUAUAUGGGCUCCUAAUUUCAAGGAUGGUGGCCAUAGCGACUUAGAGAAGGUCGAGUUUUCGCCGCCGGUGCCAGCUGAGAGGCAUGCCAACCUAUUCGAAGGUGCUAAGGUCCCGCGGACCGAGAAUUUCAACCCGGACAAACCAUCAGGUGCCAGUUGGAUUCGGAAGUUACCGAAGCAGAGCCUGGAAACGGUUGACUAUAACGACCAUUUCUACCUUCAGAGGCUUCGAGCCCUCCAGAGCCAUCGGAUGCAACCUGCAAAGCAGUGCAGCUUCGAAGAAGACAUCAAUAUUCCGCUUAUCAUUCGAGGACCUGGAGUCCCGAAAAAUGUGAAUAGCGAUAUUGUAACCACACAUACAGAUUUGGCGCCUGCCUUUUUAGACAUAGCAGGCGCUCCUAUGAGGGAUGAUUUCGACGGACUUGCCAUCCCGCUUACUGAGGAAAGCCUCACGGAAGCUAAGGAGACGCGCCAUGAGCAUGCUUCAAUAGAACACUGGGGAUUCGCCUCAAACGAGGGGCAGGUACUAGAUUCGUACCCGAGACUGCACACGAACAACACUUAUAAAGCUCUUCGUGUCAUUAGCAAGACGUACAACCUACAUUACCAGGUGUGGUGCAACAACGAGCGAGAGCUACACGACCUAACAACAGAUCCAGGCCAAAUGAUCAAUCUCCUACACCCUGACGAGGACGCCCCAGAAACCAUAGCUGGAGCACCCCUCGAUAAGGUUGUCGCUAGACUGGACUCUUUACUCUUUGUCUUGAAGUCAUGUAAGGCAGAGACCUGUAUCUACCCAUGGAAGGCACUUCACCCGGCUGGUAAUGUUGCUAGUCUGAAAGAUGCGCUUUCCCCUCGGUUCGAUGCCUUCUAUGACGACAAGUCGAGAAAGAUCGAGUUUGAUAGAUGCGAGAUGGGUUUCAUACUUGAUGCUGAGGGGCCGCAGUUUGAGCACGAGAGCAUUCUCUCCAGUCUCGAUCCGAACUGGCAUGAGUGGACCUAG